UAAAUAUACGUAGUAGAUCGUCUUCACCCAUCACAUUCGACCUAGUUAGCUACGCUAUUCGGAAAUCUAGACUUUGAGCAAUGCCCAUCUCCAAGCACCUAAUUACUUCACUUUAUAUUUCCCUUCUCCUUAUGCAUCUCCUUGUUGAAGCUAAGGAUGAAGAGAUGAGCACUAAUGUUGAUCGUGCAGGCGGAAGUUCAUACGUCCCCAGAAUGAACUGCGCGGCGGCAUGCGAGGCGAGGUGCCGGUUGGCGUCGAGGCAAAACCUGUGCAAGAGGGCGUGUGGAACUUGCUGCGCCCGCUGCAACUGCGUGCCCCCUGGAACCUCCGGCAACCACCAUCUUUGCCCCUGCUAUGAGGCCAUGACUACUCACGGCGGCAGGCGCAAAUGUCCCUAAAAACUACGUACUAGAAACGGCUUAUUCCAUCUAUGUCGACGUCUGUGGGUUUCAUUUUGUGUGAUAUAUUGAACAGCUGCUGUUAUGUUUUUUGUCAAUUACACUUGUGUGUGUGUAUUGUUAUGUAAUGUACAAAUUAAUUAUAUAAUAUAUGUAGUUAUUUCUA